UAUCAACCUACUCUUCGAGGACCUAAAGAUAUCAUCACAAUCAAGAUGUCUGACGUAGAAGAGCCAACCUCCCCAAUUGUCGCCGAGGCCGAUGAGGUCGAAGUUUCCGGAGAUGCAUCCAAGGGACAAAUGUCCGUUAUCGACGCAUUGAAGGGUGUCCUCAAGCUCGCACUUAUGCACGAUGGUCUCGCCAGAGGUCUCCGUGAAGCCUCCAAGGCUCUCGACCGUCGCCAAGCACACAUGUGUGUUCUCAACGAGGCAUGUGAGGAGGAAGCAUACAAGAAGUUGGUCGUUGCUCUCUGCUCCGAGCACAAGAUCCCUUUGAUCAAGGUUCCAGACGGAAAGCAAUUGGGCGAGUGGGCUGGUUUGUGUGUUUUGGACCGUGAGGGUAACGCACGCAAGGUUGUCAACUGCUCCUGCGUUGUCGUUAAGGAUUGGGGUGAGGAGUCUCAAGAGCGCACCAUGCUCCUCAACUACUUCCAAACCGAGCAAUAAAUACGCCACGGAGAUGGAGUUUCUACAGCGGACAUACAUUGUAUCAUUCGGAUUUACACACACAUAGCGUGGAUUACUGGUGGCAAUGACAUUGGCUAUGGAGC